CCGAAAUUUUGAGAAAUGUUAUUGUGACAGCCCUGUCACCCCAACUUCCCCCUACAAAAAACAUUAAAAAAACGGCUAUUUUUUGUGUGAGAAGAAGGUGGAGGAGAAGGAGAAGAAGAAGAGAAGAUACGCAGAGUGGGAGACUCUAUUCUCUUCAACCAGUCUCUGUCUUCUCAAAUACUAACACUGCUCCUACUCUCACUCUCAACCCAUGCAUUUCUGACGUUUCCCCUUCUCUUUUCCAGUUAUUUACCACUAUGCCAUCACGCCAACCGCCAUUUUCGCCGGCCCCGUCGCCGGUGACCCACCGCCACCGGCCCAAUCUUGUCCCACCAGUCGUUGGUGGGACAGUUGCUCUUUCACUCCUCGCCUUCCUUGUUGUCAUCCUGUACCGGAAACUUUCUCGAAGCCGCACGGUUCCGGCGGAUCUCAAACCACCGCAUCGGUUUUCGUACUCGCUCCUCCGUCGCGCCACGUCGUCGUUUUCGCCGUCGAAUAGGCUCGGGCAGGGUGGGUUCGGAUCGGUCUACAAGGGUGUUCUGCCAUCCGGUCAAGAGGUUGCUGUGAAGCUCAUGGACUCCGGCUCGCUCCAAGGGGAGCGGGAGUUCAACAACGAGCUCUCGCUCGCCGGGAAAGUCGUCGACUGUGAAUAUGUGGUGAGGAUCCAGGGCUUCUCCUCUGACCGCCGGCGCCGGAGACUGGUUCUGGUGUAUGAGCUCAUGACGAACCGAAGCUUGCAAGACGCCUUGUUGGAUCGGAAGUGCGUGGAGCUGAUGCAGUGGAAGAAGAGGUUCGCUAUUGCAAUCGAUAUAGCAAAGGGUCUUCAGUAUCUGCACAGUUAUUGUGACCCGUCCAUCAUUCAUGGCGAUAUCAAGCCCAGUAAUAUUCUCCUUGAUGGCGAUUUCAAUGCGAAAAUUGCUGAUUUUGGAUUGGCAAGGUGUACGGGUGUAGAUGGUGAUUUAGAGGGUCUGGUGGAAGGCGAGAGGAAGAAGAAAGAGGGAUUAGACGCCGUGGGUGUGGAGGAUAAUGGGUCGAUUCUUGAAGAGACUGAGAGUGUCUUGACUGUGGGAAUUGAGGACGGUGGUGCUGGUGCCGGCGAUCCUGAUCCGUCGCCGGAGAGUUGCGUGAGAGCUCAGGAUGUGGAAACGGCGACAUCACCGGAGAUAGAUAUGGGGUUGGACAAGGCGAGUACAUUGGAGAGCUGUUUCGAUAAGAUGAGUGUUGAUAGUGGGAAAGAAAUCAUUGGUUGUGGGAAGGGGAAAGGUGGCCGGAAAAAGGGCGAUUCCGGGAGGGAUUGGUGGUGGAGACAGGACAGUGGAUGGGGGUCUGAAUCUGGGAGGGUGAAGGAUUACGUAAUGGAGUGGAUUGGGAGUGAGAUAAGGAAGGAGAGGCCGAAAAACGAGUGGGUUGAGUCAUCAGGACCCCUAGAGGAUCAUGGUUUGAGCACAAAAAAUGAGCCGAAGAAAAGGAAGAAGAGGUUGGAAUGGUGGGCUUCAUUGGACGAGGACAAAAUUAGGAAGAAGGAGAAGAACAGGAAGCCGAGGGAGUGGUGGAAGGAGGAGUUCUGUGAGGAACUUUCCAGGAAGAACAAGAAAAAGAGAACCCUUAAGUCGAGUAUUGGUGGCGAUGGGGAGCUGUGGUGGCAGAGGGAUGAAGAAUCUGUAGAGACAAGGAAGAAAAGGAAAAGCAGGAGUAGUAGAAGUAUCGAUUGGUGGUUGGAUGGGCUGAGCGGUGAGCUUAGAAAUGGGCGAAGGAAUAGCCAGGAUUGGAUGAGCGGAGAAAUUCCCAAGAGCGGUGGGGUUAGUAGUACACCUAGUAUGAGAGGAACAAUGUGCUACAUUGCCCCUGAAUAUGGUGGAGGAGGGCAGCUCUCUGAGAAGUGUGAUGUAUACAGUUUUGGUGUUCUGCUAUUAGUUUUGAUUUCGGGUCGAAGACCCCUCCAAGUAACAGCCUCACCAAUGUCAGAAUUCGAGCGGGCGAACCUCAUUUCAUGGGCUCGUCAGCUUGCUCGCAAUGGGAAGCUUUUGGAUCUUGUUGAUACUUCAAUUCAGUCAUUGGAUCGAGAACAGGGGUUGCUCUGCAUCACAAUUGCACUCCUCUGUCUGCAGAGGUCACCGGCUAAGCGGCCCUCCAUGAAUGAAAUUGUUGGGAUGCUUUCUGGUGAGACUGAGCCACCCCACCUGCCAUUUGAAUUUUCCCCAUCACCACCUUCCAAUUUUCCUUUCAAAUCCAGGAAGAAGAUGGCUCGGUGAGUUAACUGGAUGUCUGCUACCAUUUUCAUUAGCAGUAGAAUGUACUGUUGUAGGGCUUUUUAAAUUAAUCAAUUAACUUUGUAGAAAUCCAUCCAAAAAAACAGGAAAAAAAAAAUAUAUACAUAUUUCAUGAA